ACGUCCCACGUGAUGGGUGUACCAUAGAGAUUCCUGCACGUAUCCAUCACACCAGAUCUCAGAUUUCCCACAAACGUACCGUGACGUCAUGUGCAUUGCGUGUGAAGGCAUGCACUGAGAGGGAUGCAUGUUGGGGCUUCAAACCUCUUCGAAGGAAAAAGAAAAAAAAGACAGAAAAAUUUAAAACCACCAGCGAUUUUCAGCCAACCGUGCAGACUAGACAAAACCACUGCUUCGUCCCUCAUCUAUAAAAGGAGGGGAAGACAUCUCCUUAAUGGCACCACAGUUAGGUUCCCUAGAAAAACCUGCAUUUUGCUGGGGUUUGGAAAGUCUGUGAGGCUAUCCAACAUCUUGUUCUAAGUUGUAGGGAACAUGAAGCAAAAGAUAGUAAUGAAAGUCCAGAUGAUUUGUGAGAGAUGCCGAAGGAAGGCCAUGAAGACCGCUUCAGCCGUGCAUGGUGUAAUCUCGGUGGUGAUAGAAGGGAAGGAACAAGAUCAGGUCGUGGUGAUCGGAGAAGGAGUUGAUGCUGCUAAACUGGCACGCCGUAUGAAGAAGAAGGUGGGUCACACAGUUCUAAUCACGGUGGAAGAGGUGAAACCGAAAGAAGAAAAGAAGGAGAAAAAAGAAGAGCCAAAGAUCUGCACACCAUAUUGGCAGCCAUAUCCACAGUACGUUGUGGCAUGUGAGCCCAUUUACGACCCAUGUCGGGGUGAGUGUUCUCUCAUGUGAGGGUAUUUCUGAUAUGUUUGUAUUUUUUGUGUUUUAUCUAUUGCUAUAAAAAUGUGGUGUAGAUUAUGUUAGGAUGGGCUUCGUUAAGCAUGUAGAGGGGGCCCACCUACACACCACCGUAUGUGCCAAAGUGGCACACGUGGUGUGAAAUCCAAGCCCUCCAUUAGAUGGGUCACACGUGCCUGUCCACCUGAUGAAUUGAUGGGUCAAAGAAGUUUUUCUAACCCAUCCAUUUGUUUCUAAAAACAUUGCUUGGUUGAUUAGUGGAUUGGCCUGGUUCUUCCACUCGGUUUAGCUGGUGACCCCAACACCACCCAGCUAGCUGAUGGAAAAGCUCUGUGGGCUCCACUAUGAUGUAUGUGUUUUAUCCACGCCGUCUAUCCAUUUUUUCAGUUCAUUUAAGGGCAUGAGAAAAAAAUUAAGCAAAUCCUAAGCUCAAAUGGACCACACCCCAUGAAAUAGUGGUGGAUUAAAGGCUUAUCUUUGAAAACUUCAUGGAGGCCACCCCAACAUUUAUUUGCCAUCCAACCUGUUCGUAAAGUCACAUAAACCUGGAUGAAGGAGAAACACAAAUCAUAUUGAUCCAAAACUUCUGUGGGCCCGAGGAAGUUUUCAAUGGUUGGCAUUCAGUCUCCACUAUUUCAUGGGGUGUGGUUCACUUGAGUUUUAGAUCUGCUUACUUUUUAUGCUUAUGCCCUAAAAUGAUCUGGAGAAAUGGAUGGACAGCUGGAUAAAACACAUACAUCAUGGUGGGCCCACAGAGCUUUUCCACCAGCUAGCUGGUUGGUGUUGGGGUCACCACCCAAUCCAAGUCUCUGAUGUUUAGGCAGUGUAAUCGACGCAAUAAGUCUCACCUGAUGGAUGGCUUAGAACUCAAUCAUGUUAGAUACGUUGGCAAAUUUAAUGGUGUAUAGAUGGGCUCCCCUGCAAGGCAUGGUUUAAAAAUAAUGAAAACUGGCCUCGGUUCAAAACCAGUCGAGUUGAGCAGACUCGGAAAUUCAGGCAAGUUUCUCCAGUCCUAUUUAUGUAAUAUCUGAAAAGUUCUAGUAAGUUUUUCUCGGAUGAAAUCUAGUCAGGUCUAUUCCACUUGGGUAAGUUGGGUCUAGUCGUUUUGAGUUUUUAAACUAUUGUAUAAGGGCUUGUAUUCAUAUCACC